UCUUGUUCAACUAAGGAAGCAAACAGAUCCACAGAAGAUGCACAGUGAGCAAGCUGCUGCCACAGCAUUAGGUCAUAUUGUUAUGGCUGAUCGGCGUGUAGCUUUAUUUUGGAAGCGUACGCUCCGUUUCCGCCUUAGUGUCGGUGUGCUGCGGCUGACAGUAGGGUUAAAGUUCAGCGUGCAGUCACUGCUCUCGACAGUUUAACCUCGAUAUGGCGAAGCUCAAGUUCUGUGCGAAUAUUUCCUGGCUGUUCACGGAGCUUCCGGACUUCAGUCAGCGAAUAUACGCGGCUGCCUCGGCUGGCUUCCAGGCGGUGGAGGCAGCCUGGCUGUACGACUCCGACCUGCGGGAGCUUCGGAAGGCCAGAGAGGCUACAGGAGUGGAGGUGGUCCUCAUCAACACCCCGCCAGGAGACGUAAAGGCGGGUGAUCUUGGACUUGGAGCAGUGCCUGGGAGAGAGGCAGAGUUCAGACAGGGUCUGGAUCUGGCUUUGAAGUAUGCAAAAGCCUUGGACUGCAAAAGGAUCCACCUGAUGGCAGGGAGGCUUCCUGUGGGCUCACACAGAGUGGUGGUUGCCAAGGAGAUGGAGGCUGUCUUUGUGCAGAACCUAAGCUAUGCUGCUGAUCUCCUCUCAAAGGAAGGACUCACUGGUCUGAUUGAACCAAUCAACACACGGAUUACAGAUCCCAGGUAUUUCCUGGACUCUCCUCAUCACGCGGCUGCAAUACUGGAGAAGGUUGGAAAGCCAAACAUCAAGCUCCAAAUGGACGUCUUUCACUGGCAAAUAAUGGAUGGAAACCUGACACAAAACAUACAGAAGUAUUUCCCCAUAAUUGGUCAUGUUCAGAUUGCUCAGGUUCCAGGCCGGAAUGAGCCAGACAGUGACGGAGAGCUCAACUAUAGCUACCUGUUUAGCACUCUGGAAAACCUCGGCUACCAGGGAUAUGUCGGCUGCGAGUACAAACCACUAGGCUCCACAAAUGAGGGUCUGGGUUGGAUCAAAAAUUACUGGAUACACAGCAAGUGAUCACAUUAUACUUGCGAACAUCUACCAGGAACAACACGCUUUCUUUGUCCCUGGGCUUUGAACAGAUUCCAGUGGGCUUUUCCCCAUUUUUCUUAUAUACACAGAUGUACAAUACCGUUCUUCUUUAUGUUGGGCUUGUUGUCAUAUAUACAGUAUGUUUACAUUAUGGAGACUUAGCCCUCAUCCUGGUUAUGUUGGUAAUUGUUCGACACUUUAUCAGAGCUCCAAAAGACAAAACUACACACAGUAUCCUCCAAGUGUCGACUCCUUUCUUCAGGCAGACCAGUUGCAGCAGUGGAGUUCUUAGGAGCAGUUCAUAUUGGACAUUUUAGUAUUUAAAUGUCAAACUCCCAUCUAGAAGUAAAUGUCACAAUCAAUCGACAGGUGGAUCUGUUGGUCUUUAACUGUGCUAAUAAGAGAUGACUUUUAUUCUUUAUUUUUGUUCUCACAGUAUCCCCAGCUAACUUCACAUCAGUCCAAGUCUGAUUUAAUAUGAUUGUAUACCAUCUGUUUUUAUGUGUAGCUAGUUUUGAGUGUGCUUCACUACAGAGAAAAGCGCUAUACAAGUGUAAGACCAUUUACCAUUACAUCAUUAGAACCCAUGAAGAGAAGAGUUUAUCUUUUGAUCGAUUUCAAGUUUGGGAUUGAACUUAAAGUCUCAGCUGUUACUUAGCUAAGUGAAUAAGCAAACUGUAAACCAGCGUUUAAGAAUUGAAACAUUCAGACGUGUCAUGCGCUGGUCCCAGUAGGGUUGCAUUAGAAAGGGCAUCCGGCGUAAAAAUGUGCCAAGUUUCAAUCUAUGUGAAUCGACAGUGUGAGAAUAGAUGAUUCGCUGUGGCGAGACCAGCCGAGC